CCGGGCGGGCCCGGGGAACCGGAGCGCCGCACACGCCGCCUCUGGCAGCUGCUGCUCCCCGGGCCCCGCCGCGUUAGGCCGCAGGGCCAGGAUGUCAUACACGUGUGCUUGCAUAGCUGCAUGCAGAAAUGAAUUGAUGUCAGAAAGCUGCUCCUCCCACUACCCUUCUGCUGAGAAAAACUUUGUGUUGAAAAUGGAAGUUGAUGUGACUGGAGAGUCCAGGACUGCCCUCUCCACCCUUUCUGUGCCUCUUGCAGAGGUGAGUUCUGCAGUUAGGAUGGAAGCAGAAAAGCCACGCUGUUCCAGCACCCCCUGCUCACCAUUGAGGCGGACAGUUGCAGGAUAUCAGAUCCUUCACAUGGAUUCUAACUACCUGGUUAGUUUCACAACUGGAAAGGAACUGCUAAAAUUGGCCCAUAAGUAUAUUGGAAGUGAAGAGAAUAAAGGAGAAUCUGGUCCUAACUUGGGCUCCAAACAUCUCGAUUCAGGACUUUCACAUUCCUCACGUUUGUACAAAACUAGAAGUAGGUACUACCAGCCCUAUGAGAUCCCAGCAGUAAAUGGAAGGAGGAGGAGACGGAUGCCCAGCUCAGGGGAUAAAUACAAUAAAGCUUUACCAUAUGAACCUUACAAAGCACUUCAUGGUCCCCUGCCUCUCUGCCUUUUGAAAGGUAAAAGGGCUCAUUCAAAAUCCCUAGACUACCUCAAUUUAGACAAAAUGAGCAUUAAGGAACCUCCUGACACAGAAGUGCUACAAUACCAGCUCCAACACCUUACUAUUAGAGGGGAUCGUAUGUUUGCAAGGAGUAGCACAUGAGCUAUGACAAAUUAAGAAAUUGUUUCUGAUCUUUUGUCUGUUGCUGCAGAAAUCCACUGUUGUACUGUGUACAUGACUGUCCACAUUGUAGGUGGGUUUAUCUACUCAAUCUUACCAGGAAGUAAUUUAUUUAAAUACAGUCUUGGCAAUGCAGUGUUCUACAAGUAUUGGGAGAGCAAAAUCUUUCCUGAUCCAGCAGCUUCUGAUGCAGGUUUGACUGCAACUAGUGAAUAUUUUUUUGGUGAAGAUGCAACUAGUGGAUAUUUCUUUGGACACAUUUUAACAAAAAAAAAGGCUUUUAAUUUUUGUGGGUUUUUUUUUUUCCUAUAGUGCUACAUCUAGUGUUUACAGUAAUUCAACACUGAAAAAUUUGUGAUGUCUGCUUGGUUGUUGUUAAUUUUGCCUUGAUAGUAGAAACUGCUCUUGGAUAAGUACCCAAGGAGGUUUUUUGGGUUUACUUUUUGUUUCUGUAGUAAAAUGUAUGCAUUUUUCUUGCAGCAUGGACAGGAAAGUAAGCUUGACUGGAUAAAUCACUUGCAAUUUAAACAAUCCAAUUCGUACAUUUUGAGACUGCGCUUGUACUGGUGAUGUGGAUGAGAUUUAUUCAUAAAAGAAACUGCUACUUGAAUCCUAUUUAAACUGUUUUUUUAGUUUUUGCAUGGAAGUAAUUGCUUUGUCCUUUUUAUUUUAUAAAACAUGUUCAGAAUAAAUCUGUAAGUUAUUUAAAACAAAUCUUUCAGGAAGUAAAGUGGUUUUUUUGGGUUUUUGGGGGCUUUUUUGUUAGAUUUUUUAACAUUGUCUAGAGACAGAAAAUGGAACGUCUGUACUGGUAUGCUGGUAAUGUUUUUGAUUUUAUUUUGUGAUUUUCAUUUCAUCUGUAGUAGCAGAAGGUAUCAACUUCAGCAUAGCUUUGGAAAUUUUGUUGACUUGAAGCACUAAACAUGAGCUCUGGAGGGAAGAUUUUUUUUUUCUUGACAAGAGUAUAAGUGAAAUAUUUCUUGUCAGGGUUGAAGAGAUGAUCUUGAAUUUUGCAGCAGAAUAAUGCACUGGGUUACUUUUGUUAAUAAAUUUUUAUCCAAAUAUGACAUCAAGUGCAGUUUUGACAGCUGUAUUCCUAGAUGUGUUUAAAACGUUUUGUGUAAUUACUUUUAAUUUUACUUUAAUUUAAAAAUGAAAAAUAGUUUUCAUACUGUAUUUUUUAGGUGCAGUCUUGUACUGAAGCAGUGCAUAACUUGAUUUUGCCUGAUGACCUCUGCUGAAGUUAAAAAUAAUUUCAUGUUGCUUUGAAGCAUAAAUUAUUUGAUCAGUUAUUUCUGAUAGAGUCAAGAUUUGUUUUGUUUGUUUGUUUAUCACUCAGAAUUACUAGAAAGCACUAGUUAAUUCAUGUGCUCUGGGAAGUGAAGAGUUCUUACGCUGUCACUCCACAGUUUAAAUGAAGGUAACCCACUAGUGAGCAUUUUGUAGUUUGGUUAUCCUUUUUAGGUUUUGUAUUAGAAAAUACAAAAAAAAAAAAAAACCCAAUGUGUAUUUUGCAACGUUAACUGCAAUGGUGUAAAUUUAAUGUAUUUAACAUUGAUCUUGAAAGUAAAGUCUUCCUAUUAGUCUUUAGUUUGAAAAACAGAAUACAGUCAGAUGCCAAAGAGAUAGUGGGUUUAUUUAAGGAAUAAACACUACUGUUUAUUAAAAUAUCAAAUUAAUUUGUAUUUCUGGCUGAAAAAUAAAAAGGGUAUUAUUAACAGCUGUUGUUGUGAAUUCAUUUACUGUGUAGGAGAAGAAGAGGACAUUUUAAAAAAUACAACUAUAGACCAGGGAACAUUUAAAAACAACUUGAAAGUCAGGGUCCAAGAUUUCUGUGACAUAAAUGCUUAGCUCUGUUCCUUUGUUUUGGGAUAUAGUGGAUGCUACCAUAGCCCUGGGCAGCCUGUUCCCGUGCUUUACAACCCUUAACAGGAAGAAAUUUCCCCUAAUAUCCAAACUAAACCUCCCCUGGUGCAACUUGAGACUAUUUCCUGUUGUCCUGUUGCUCUUUCUUUAGGAGAAGACCCUGACCCCCCCUGUGGCUGUGCCCUCCUCUCUGGUCAUUGUAGAGGGAAACAAAGUUCUCUGUAAGCCUUCUUUUCUCCAGGCUGAGCCCCCCCAGCCCCUCAGAAGCUCCUCAUUAACUCCAUUCACUUCUCUGGACUCACUCCAACACCUCAAUGUCUUUCUUCUUGUGGGAGGCCUAGCAUUGUUGCCUGGAUUUGAGGUGCAGCUGUCUUUGAAUAUUUGAAUGUUUUUAUCUGCCUUCCAUUUUCAAUAGGCCAGUGAUGCAUUUGAAAUAACUUCUUCUGUCUCCUUAGAUCUAGGUUCUAAGAAAUGUGGGAGCGGAAAAAAUAUUUUUUACUCUUACAUAUUCUUGUCAUAUAGUACAUGCUUUAAAUUAUUAACUGCAGAGUCAUCCAAGAUUUUAAUCAGUAUUGAAAUUGCUACUGCAGUAAUUGGUAACUUUUCUGUCUGCCUCAAAGGAGGUAUAUUUUUAAAUGCAUAUAAAUGUUGGCAUUUUCCCUACUUACAUGAUUUAGGCUUCCAGUUAAUGGGAAGAUUGCCACUUUAAAACAUUAGAGGAUCUGGACUUCAGAAAAAUAAAGCCGUGACACUUUUUUACUAUAUAACCUCCAAUCAACUGCCUGUAUUCCUAUGUCAUGUCGAAUUCUUGUUGAUGAAUUUAGAACUUCAUCCAGAAGGAUUUCUGCCUCUUCUCAGAGGCUCUGUUUUCAAGUCCCCCUGCCAUUUGAUCAAGGAAGAGCUGCAGAUGGACUGCAGGACCAGGACAAGGCCAGCACCUCGAUGACCCAGUCACAAGGCAGGCCACCAGCUGAAAUACCAGAACCAUGGGGCCUGUUGCAUCUGCUUCAAGCUCAAAGGGAAGGCCUCUGUCCACCAUGGAAGGACGAUUGCCAGAGUCUCAGAGCCUUCCUGCACUGCUCUUCUGCCCAGCGGAGCUGUUGAGCCACGUCGUCACAUUGCUGCUGGCUGAGAGUUCUUACAGCUAGCAGCUCACGACGAAGGCCCCUCACAUCCUCUGCAAACAUGACACACGGCCAGAGUCAGAGACUACAGAAGCAGAGGGACCUGCUGACCUUAAGGCCUUUCAGUUUCAGGCAAGGAGGACCCUGCCCUCAGCUGCUUCACUCCUCAGAAGCCCUGCGGACAGAGCUGGCUUGGGAGCAACUGCACAGGGCAGGGCCACCAGCAGAAACAAAGCGCACGCGGCUCUCACCGACUAUCGCCUCCUUGGCCUGCGUGGCUGCGCGCGCUUGGGCUUGCACACGGCUCUUGGCGAUCUCCAGCUCCGAUAUGUGCUGCUGAGCCUCCAGCAGGCUGCUUUGCAGGCUCUCCUUCUCUGACCUACAAGUUGUGAACAUGAAGAGCAAUUGUUCCUGGCACACAGGGGCAGUUUCUCCAGUAAGAAGUACCUGAAGAUCCCUUCGCCUUCGUAUGGAAAACGGCUUGCAUGGAAACUCAGAUACAGCAGGACUAUUUUACCACUUUACAUAGCAAAGCAAGCUCCUCCAGGUGACUGGGCAGCCUUUCCUCAUGACCUAGCCAAGCUGAGUUUGAUCUCAGCAGCCAAAGCUCAAAUUGCUGUUGCCUGACCCAUCUCACACGCGUGAGAUAGGUCAGGCAACAGCACCUAGCAAGUAUCUGCAAAGGAGCAAAAGCCCAGCCUCUGCUCACUGCCCUGAGCCCAUCAGCACUUCCAAGUCACUCUGCAGGGGGACAGAACAGGGCUCUCCUGCCUGACUCAUCCAUGUUUCAUGCCAUUCUUAGUGUACGUAUCGGUUCAUUAUUUGCCAGGCACUCUCUGAGUAAAAGGGACUAAGGGAAUUCACCAAACCAUAGAGUGAAGCCUCCAGUUUCCAGCAGCAUGAGUAGGAAAACAGAAGCAGGUUUUUAUCUGAAGAAGAAAUAUCUCAGGGUGAGAGACCAUUUCCUGCCAUUCAAAUGACUGGAAUUUGAUGAACAAGACCACUCGCUUCCUUUAUUUUUGACUAACUAAACCAGCAGUGCCCAAAUAUCUUGGCACUCUUUAAAAAGGAAGAAGCAACAGCCAAAGGGACCUUGACUGUUACAGAGGGGGAUGGACGAGUGGGCAACAAUCAGUGCUCAGCAAGAAUCCCCAGACACUGUCAAGAAGUCCCAAGACCUUUCCCUUCUGCUGCUGCUGCUGUUUCUAAGCAGAUCUAGGUCCUGCACAAUACUUCACAAGUGUGAGCUCUGAAGGGUCUCAAGAUUUUCAGCAUGGCCCUCCAGCUUCAUCUGAAGCAUCAGCAUCCUACUCACAAAGUUCACAUGGAAGAGCCUUGAAUUUGAAAAUCCCAUGUCCAACUACUUGGCAAGGAAAGAUUGAUGGUCAGAUGCACCCAAGGAGAAAGCAAAGCCAGAAGGAAAGUUCUGCUUUCAGCAAACACCUGCACGCUUUCCCUGGUACUCAAUUCAAUGCCAAGUUGGCUUGCUUUGCACUUGUCAAAGGAAUGUGCAAGGGGUCCUGAGCAUGCGCCCAAAAAGAGCUUUGCGAGUUUGAGCUGGCAGGAAAAAAUCAUUCAGACCACAGGAUUCUUUUCUUUUUCUUUGUGUUUCUUUGCUUCUCUGUCAGAGAAACAUCUGGGGAUCACAGAGCAGUCAGUAAAACCUGACAACAUACCCAUUCAAUAAUGUCCCGCCCAGGGUCUCCUUCCUGCCUUUACCUGGCCUCUGCCAGCUGCUCUGAAAGGCCUCCUAGGUCCCGCUCCAUGGCUGCCAGUCGGGCUUCCAGGGCAGCGUUCUCUUGGGCCAGCACCGCCUUCUCUCUGCACACCUGGGACAGUGUGUGCCCUUGGCGAGAGAACUCCUGGAGCAGCUUCUCCAGACCCCUGCGGGCUGGCCUCUGCGGGCGCCAAACCUGGAAGAGGGGAGGCACCAUUUUUCAAGAGGAACAACAACAACAACAACAGCAGCACAGUCUUGGUCUUAGCUUGCUGCCAGAAGCAGCAUUUGGGGAGGUUUUGCUAGGACAAAUCCCUCUCCCACAAGAGCUGCCUAGGAACAAGGUGAGCAUACCUUUGGCACUGCCAGAGGAAGCUCUUCCUUCAGCAGUUCCCUCUGGGGCUGCCAUACCUCCUCUGUCUGUGCCGCUACUGCAGACGCCCUCUCUAGGGAGGAGUGGUGCUUUCUCUCCAACUCAGCCAACUCCUUCCAUCUGCGACAAGCAGACACACAAACAAGCCUUUAAUUGCAACACAGUCAAAACCAGGACUACGUACCAUGUCCCGCAUAAGGCAGUCCUAGGGCUUCCAACAGCCCUCUACUUCCACCUCAAGAGAAUGCUGCAAUUCCCUCCCUAGACCAGUAUCUCUCUUUGUCGUUCAUGCAGGUAAAAGAUUCACCACUGAGAAAUUCACACAAUUGUGAAUUCCAGAAGCCACAGGACAUUUUCAGAAAGCUCAGGUACUCUCAGCAUCAGAGCUUCCUGCCUGCUGAUUACAGAGCUUCAUGCCUGCUCCUUUCUGAUUCCAGUGGAUACCAGACUUGCAAAAGUUUUCUUUGGUGAAGACGAGCUUGGGAAGUCCAGAGGAGUACUCCCACCCUUCCUCUUGCAUUCACUAGUGAAACAAGGAAAGAGUCUGCAAGCUAGAGCUUGGGGAGGAGGUGAGUAAAAUUUUCCAAUCCAAUUAUCAAACAAUGGUUUAGGCUGGCAGAGACUCCAGGAGGCCUCCAGCCCAGUCUUCAGUUCCAAGCACUUGGGAUCAGCAUCUGGACAGGCUGCUCAAGGCUCUAUUCACCUGGGGCUUCUGAAUUUCCAGGGGUGGAAACUGCAGGAUAUCUCUGAGGUGCUUCCUCUUCUGCUGCCCAAAUGCCUUUGCAUUUCAAUGCUUUGCUGUCCUUAAGCCCAGCCUGAACCUCCCUUGCUUUUACUCUGGUCUAGUUUGGAAUGCUUUUAGUCAAGGUUUAAGAAGAGCCUCCCAGGAGGCAGCUAUGCUCUAGGUGGGUCGGCAGCCAGACCUGCUCUGGGCUGCCUUUCCCCAUCAGUGCUGAGCAAGUCAAAGGAUGAGAAAGCCAAAUCUGUUCUUUGACACUGGGCCUCCUAGAGCCCAGCAAGGCCCACCCCUGCUCAGAGAAAGCGAGAAAGCUGAACACACACCUGAACUCCCGGGCACCGCGCACUCUAUCCGUGCUCUCCUGCCGCUCCGCCUUUCCUGCCUGGGCUGAGGAGUCCUGAGUGGCAAGAACAUCUCCUAGCGGGACCUGCAAGGAAUGGGCAGGGAAAAUGCACAAACAAGCAAUAGGCAGCUGGGAAGUUGCCUCUUAAAACCUGGCAGAAGCAGCAAGCAGAGACACAGCUGACCUGAAGGCAAAAGCUGUUGUGCGGUGUUGUUCAUGUGGUAUGUAUGUGGUGUUUAUGUCCUAACUAACCCUGGAGUUGUUCUGGAAGUGUCUGAGUAGAAGCAGGGAACAUUUCUCUGCUCAGCUCUGGUCAAGUGGCUUCCCCUCAGGAUUUCAGGCCUUAGAGAGCAGCCAACAGGAACUGCAUUCCAGCCCUUCACAGACAGACCUUGUCUCUGCCAUGCAGAGCUGCUCAUGAGUCUUCUCAACAAACUUGGGUCUGGUCAAAGUUAAGGGGGCAGUCAAAGCAGUGACUGUAGCUACCUAGAUAGGGCGUGGAGAGGGGCAGGUCCCUGCAGGCAACAGUGGCUCUUCCACAGCCCACAAGGCUGUGAACUGUGCCUUGGGACCUCUCUCUCUGCUGACAGCAGGGAGCCUGCACAGACUCUGUGCACAGAGGAGCUGACUUUCACACCAGUACCACUAAAGGACAUCAUGCUACCGCUUAUCUGACACCAAGGGAAGUUCACAGUCCCUGUGAGAAUGCCAGGACAAUGAUGCCUGCAUGUGAAAGUUCAGAUGCCAUUCCCCAUGGGUGCUCAGUGGCUGGGCUGAAGAGCUAGGUCAUGGCAGGACUCCAGCCCACAGCAUCUUCUGCCACAAAGGGCAAGUGCUGCCUGCUCAGAAACUUGCAGCCCUGCACUGCACCAGAGCUUUGCACUGAACCAACCAGAGCUGCCACUGAUUGGUGCAGGAUGCUCAGGCCCUGGACUGACAACACCUGGAGGUUUGUUGUCCUUUGCCUCCCCUUUAGCAGCUUCUACUUCUGCUCUGCUGCUCUUCAGGCAGGCAGCAGUGUGAGGGACAGGGAGUAAGCUGUCAUUUGGAACCUGUUUUCUCCUGAGCUCUAUCCCCAGCUGUCCUGAGAAGAAGUCAUGAAUUUGGAUAAAAUUGGGAUGCUCAGUCAUUAAAACUCAAUUCAAGUGGGCUAGUGAGACUAAUGUUUAGACAAGAUUGCACAUGCUUCUGAAAGAGAUAUUUCAGCCUGGCUACAAUCAGCAUGCAGCCUCCUGUCUGCAAAGCUUGACCUUCAUUAGUGUAAAGCUCUUCAGUAGAAAAGGAGGAAACUGAUGGAAGUCUUUUGGUGGUGUUCAUGCAGACGUUGAUGUGGACUUUGUUUCAGCUGCCAGACUGGCACUCUAGUGCAACAGGCCAAGCCCACAGCUUGCUGCACAAUCCUCCGACACCAGGAAUGUCAAGGGUGCCUGUCCCACUCACCGAACCGUGCACUUGACUCCUUCCACGUCUGAGGCGAUCUGCCAGGGGCAAGGGAAAAUGAAGAGGUGCUGUUAGAAAACUGUUGGUGCUGAGGAAUCCCACAGAACAAGCGCAACCAAGCAGAGAGCAUUUUCCUUUCACAACACCCCUCCAGGAGCAACACUUCUUUAGCACAACAAGCAGGACUGCAGGGCAAGAACCGAGGCUGUGUCUACCUUCUGCUCGGCUUUGCCAUUAAGGAACUAGAAACGAGGUUGUGCCUAUGCAAAUUGUUUCUUAAAGGUCAGUGCAUACAUGGGAGCUCAUUGUCCAGCCUACAGCUAAAGCAGCUUUUUUCUCCUCUCUUUCCUCACCUUGCUUUUGCUUUUUGGAAAUUGCAUGCAGCAUGUCCUAAGGGGUUGCUGUAAACAAUUCCCCACAAAAGCUUCCGGCAAACACCUCUUAGCACCUGCAGUUCUGUUGGGACACAGCACAGGCCCAGCUCCAGCUUUCAGGAGCACACACAAACUGCUCGGCAGUUUGCCCUUCAGCGCUAAGCCAAUGGCUCUUGUAGCACACACAGGGGGUCCUGUUAGACAGGCACAUCCUUUAAGGACAGAAUGCAGAAAAAAGAUGCUUUUCCUAAAUUCUGCAGAGGAGAGCACAGUUUUUAGAAGGACGCCUGCAAAGCUUUCCCAGUCUGCAUUCUGGAAGUUCCUACCCCCUGCUGGGCAAGAGACACCCCCUUUUCAGCUGAAGCUGUUGACAGGAUGUUUACCAAACAUAUGGCACCUUUAUGCCAUUUUUGUUCCCACAUGCUGCCCCAAGGAAAAACCUUCUAUUUACCAGUCAAACGACGAAAAGCUUUCCGAGAAGCCGCCAAUGAAAAGGCGCUGCUGAAUGCUCUACGGACUCGCUCCAUCGCUUGAGCAAUGCUGCUCGAGUCCGUAGGCCGGGAAACAAAAAUGGAAAAAACCCCCACUUGCACAAGUCCUGAGACCGUGCAAGGAAAAAGGGGAAAAGAACAGGACACUUGCACGAGUCCACGGACUGUGCAAGAAAACACAGAAACAGAAGGACACUCGCUGUAACCUGAGAACAGCUCAGUCGAGGUGAUCCUCCUGCACUGAGCGCACCAAGAGCUGCUCUGGACGCUGAGGCCUUGGGGGCACCAGGAAAACCUCCUGCUGACAAGGCUGUGACGUGGCAGCCCUCUGCUGACAUCACAAGAGCAGCUGCUCUGGGUUGGUCUGUGAAUUCAUGCAUAAUAACCAAACCUUCUCCACAGCUAACACAAAAGAACAGCCCAGAAAGUUCUCCUCUGUCCCAAAGCAGCACAAAACCCCCUUGCAGUCCAUAACCCACAGCUGAAAGGAUCCAAGAGUAACACAAAACAGGCACCAAGCCCAUACACCCUGUGUGCCAAGCUGAACACUGACAAAGAGCCAGGAUGUCAGGAAAGCAAAGGCAACGUGCCCUUGUGGCCAGCAGCGCCUCUGACUAAAACCAAGAACACUUGCUUAAAUUCUGUGGAUGAAAUCAUGCUUUUCAAAUAUCCCAGAGAGUUCCCUCUGUUUGAAUGCCUGCCAUUCCCACCCUUCUGCUGCAUGGCUAACAUCAACCAGCAAAUUGUAGGGCUCCCUGGAGGAAGAAUGACACCUAAGUGGGGAGAAAAAGCCAAGUAACCAACCUGCUGCUCGUACAGCACACUGCUGCUGCACAAUGAUGGCACCUCCAAGAAGCCUUUGGGGCCUGUGCUUCACUUCUGGCAGCUUCCCUGGAGUAUGCAUCUGGCAGUCUCAGGGAUCUGACUCUUAUGGACCCAGAGAAAGAAGGAAAAGAAUGUUAAUCCCAAUGUGGUACAAUGUAGAAGCUGGUGGGGAGAGGAAACCAGUGCACCAAAAUGGGCAAGUCCCACCUAAAAGGAAGUUAUGAGGCAGAGACCAAAGAGCUCAGCUGGUGGGCACAGUUUAGGAAGGCAGGCUCAGGAAAACAGAGCAACCACAAGCCUUUCAAAGUUCAAAAGCUUCCUUCCCCCUCCUCUCCUCUGCCCUUGAAACCAGGUUUUUUUCUCCCGUCUAGAAAUACUUUCUUGAGCAUUAAAAGCAAGUGCCUGGAAAACCUCCUGUGAUUUUCUUUCUCAUUUAAAAACUAAAAUGAAUGGAGAAGGAUCUGGGUGUUUGCCUGCUCUUGCAGCCCCAUUAGCAUUUUGGAAGGGCUCUACACAAGUCCAGGUGUUUCCCAGCCCCAGGACCACCACUGCCAUGAGCCCAGCAAGUGUAGUGGAGAGAGCAGCUGGUCACACUCCACAUGUGACAUACGGGAGGCUGGGUAUUGUCCUGAAGCAAAUUCCCUCUGUGUGUCAGACUGAGAGUCAGGACAAUUCUCAAGAAAUGUCUGCUUAGAUGAGAGACGCCUUUGGAUCUACAGACAGCACUUUUGUGCCUUACUGCUGUCAUAAUCCCAAAGCUUUAAAAUGUGUCUGGGUGACCCCAAUUUCUUCUAGACUAGACAUCAGAGAGGAGUUUCAAACAGGCACUGCUUACAAAUCGAUCCCCAGAACCAUGCAUACCUUUUUUUGCCCACAACUCACAAAACACUGUUAUUUUCUCAAAGGAAAGCAACGGGAAGCUCUAGAAGCCUGUCCCUACCCUAAGAAUUUACAAUCAUUUUUUUCUCUACUUUCUACAUCCUAUGUCUUAGUAAAAGGCAUUUCUGCCACCACGGCGGAGACAGACUGUGGUGUUACAUUUUAGUUCAAUGGUAUGCUCUUUCUCACCCCUCGAAAAUCCUGCCUCCGCCUGUGAGAAAUUCAGCCUGGGAACUAAUAGCUCCUUUCUGCUUUGGCUUUUGUCUUCUUUUUCUUUUUGGACAGCAGCGCUUUGUAACAUCAGCUGAGCCUGCCCUCAGCCUGCCUGACUGGAGCCCGUCACCAAAGGAAGUGCAGGAAGCCUGGAGAGGAGGCACCUGUGCUUGAGGAGGCUUCGUGCCCUGCCAGCUCAGCGCAGGACUGGCAAUCAAAACACGGAAAUGCUGCUCUCCAUGGGAAGGUUGCCUUGCCGGUCAGGCCGCGCUUAAGCUGUGCUUUGCCCUGGCGCUGUCCAUUGCCCUGGCGCUGUGCCUUGCGGCCGCACAGUCCCUCCCGUCUGUGGCUUCGCGCUGCUUCGCAGCUGCCCGAGGCUCUCCCCCCUCAGAGAGGGGCCCCGCCCCGCCCCGGGCGCCCCCUGGCGGCUGCCCCGCCCCGCCCUUCCCGCGCAGGGGCGCUCCCUUCCCAUGGCGCCGCCCAGCGGCAGCCGCCCCUCACUGCAGGCACGGAGGAGGGCUCGGGCCCUGCUGCUCGGCCUGGCCCUUGGCUCCCUUCUUUUCCAAGAGACAAGAAGGCUUGAAAGGAAGCCUUUUCCAACUGUGUCCCUCUGCUUGAUUUUGUAGGGGCGGACAGUGUCCCCUAUGGCCGUAGCAUGCCCAUAAUUGCUGACACAGGAAAAUAUCCCUUCCUUCUCUCACCAGCUGUCAUUACUGCCUGAAAAGCGCCGCCCAGCUCUGGAAGGAGAAACAGCCCACGGCACAGUGGUGCCAUCCCUGCCCAGCCGGGGCUCUCUGGCACAGCAGCAGCAGCAGCAGCAGCAGGGCUUGCCUUGGCAUCACCUGGGAAGCCAAAAGCCUCUGUACAUCUGCAGGUUCUCAGGCUGCACCAGCUUCUGAUGCUGGGUGAAUCCUGCACGCUCUGACCAUUUCCAAAAGGUUAUAAAGGCAGCAGUGUAGACAUAUGUGCAGAUCAACCAGCGUCCAAUAAAUGGGUAUUACUGUGAGGGUUUGUGUGGCAUUAUUAGGGCUGUCAUGCUGACAGUGUCUUCUCCCCAGUUUGUGUGCGAUGCCAUUGCUGGGCCAGCUUCCUGGCCAAGCUGUCAUCCCCAGCCUCAUUCUCUGGCUGUGGUUGCAUCUCAAAGCCCAGUUGCCCAAGUUUCUGAGUUCCAGCUCAGAGGCUGGAGCAGCAAGCCAUGCUGUUGCACAGGAAUGAAUGGUCUGUCUCCACUUCACUCUGGUGGCAGAAACCACUUUUGCCAAGACAAAGGAUGUAGAAAGUAGAGGAAAAAAUUGGUUGGAAACUCCUGGGGUGGGGGCAGUCUGCUAAAGCUUUCUGUUGCUUUUCCUUUGAGUAAACAGCAGUGUUUUGGGAAUGGUGGGCAGAAAACGGUAUGCGUGCUUCUGGGGACUGAUUUGUAAGCCGUGCAUGUUUGAAACUCCUCCCUGAUCUCUAGCCUAGAGGAAAUUGGGGUCACCCAGUGUCACCGUUAGGCCAGACGUGACAUACACACACAAGCAAGGUCCAAGAAAAAAGAAGUUUUUAUUCUGCGUGUUCUCCAGUUUAUAUACUCUUAACAAGCGUGAUCUUAAGUCAUUCACUACAUCACAAUAACUUAUUAUAUCCAUUGUUGCAAAGCAACUAGCGUCAAUAUAAUUGGCAAAAGUUUUACAGAAAUUUAAUAAGGCACGUAUGCACAUCUACUUAGGCACGUAGUCUAGCUUGCAAAAAUUCUUGUGUAUCUUUUCUAAUUGGUUUCCAUGCUGACCGCCAUGUCGUCUUCCUUGCUAUGGAUACAGUCGAAAACCAUCAAUUGUUAUUUCUUCUAUUAACUCAGCUUUGCUUGCAGGCCAGCUGUCAAGCCCCUCCAUAUCAAAGCACAUCACAAAAAAUCAAAAGCAAUAAAGCAAUAAAUGAAGAGAAUAAGUAUUAAUUUAAAAUACUGUUUUCAAAAGAAUUCACUAAAAAUCAAAAGUCAUUUUCUCAAAAUCACAAAGGAAAAUUGAAGAUUGUUUAAAAACACAUACUCUAAUUUACAAUUGCCUGUUGUCAACAGUCUUGGGGAUUUCCACAGUAAAGAGGACAUGUGCCAAGUUGUGUGCAUUAAUUAUAGACGUCAGUUUUGUUAUUUGUUUCAUCAUUCUCCAUUUCAUAAUGAGUAAGAUUGCUGAUAAAAUAAAACCAAUCAAAACUAGAAUCAAAAGGAUAAUGAUGGCAUGAGACAUAUUGUUCAGGACAUUUGUGGCAGUAGGUCACUGUGGGAAUCCACAAAAUCAGAGGGUUUUGGGAAAGCUGCAAAAGGCAGGCCUCAGAGACAGCAGGACUGUGAUUAGAGCUAAGCAGUAGCCAUGAGAUAGGUCAGCAGGCAAACUAUUGAAAAAGUAGAAAAGCAAGGACAAAUAGAAUGAUGGUCUGUGUAUUAACGCUUGUCUAGGAUAACUUCCUAAGCUGCAGAAAAGUUUAUCUAGCAAGAUAUUAGGAAGUUUGAAGGUUAAUACUGGAGCUCUGUGCAUUGUGUUUUAAGGCUUAAAAGCAGGCAUUGUAUUCGAAAUAAGCAAGCAUUGUUUUAACUAAUGGUACGUGUGCUUAUAGUGGUUGGAUGGAACUACUGUCAAUAUGCUUUUGCUUUGCGUGAUUGGUCAAAAAAGUUAUAAAUUAAGUUGUAACUUUAAGUUCUUUGUCUGCUGCUUGGGAUGUGAGCUGCUGGCAUCUUCCCAUUGUCAUAGCCAUGUAAUGAGACUGAUGCUGAAAAAUAAAACAGCUCACGGCACGUUCCACAGCA